AUGAAUGAUAGUUCAAUAUAUAUUUAUAAUUUAACACGCAAUGUAAGUAUUAGCCAUUUGAAAGAAAUCUUUAUGAAUUUUGGAACUUUGAAAGAUGUUCAUUAUAUGACAUAUGAUGAGGAAGGAGAUGACAACAAUAAAGAUGAUGAUAAAAAUAAUUAUAAUGAUGAUAAAAAUAAUAAUAUUGAUGAUAAAAAUAAUUAUAAUGAUGAUAAUUAUAAAGACAAUAUUUGUGCACAUAUAAAAUAUGAGAAUUCAAAAGAAGCUCAAACAGCUAAGGAAUUUAUGGAUGGUGGUCAAAUUGAUGGAAAAAUUAUUUCAAUAAAAUAUAAGAUAAACCAUAAAUAUAUAAAAAAAUAA